AUGAAACUUACCUUGAUAGACAUCGAUCGGAGCCUCCGCCAGCAGGGAUCGUGCUUGAAAGAUCAUGGACUCCCCUACGUCGAGGAUGACACGACUGAGUUAGGUAGAGAGCUACUCAACUACGGCGAGAACCUCCAGCGAACCAUCGUUGAGGACUGGGUGCCCAAACUCUCCCCAGACCAGCGCCGUGUGUUUGAGUACGUUCGCUCUCUGCUUCUCAACCCCCGUGACCGACGCACUUCUAGAAUCAUAUUUCUGGACGGUCCCGGGGGUUAUGGGAAGACCUCUCUGAUUCGUGUCAUCCUUGCGUAUGUCCGUGGUUGUCGACAGGUUGCACUCGCCGUGGCUAGCUCAGGGAUUGCUGCAAGGAACAUGGAUGGAGGAACAACAGCACAUAGCAUGUUCCGACUCCCUCUAGACCUAGGUCACGGCACAGGUGUGUGGAACAUCACCAACGGGUCCCAGCGAGCAGAACUCAUCAGAGCAGCACAGCUCAUUGUGUUUGAUGAGGCCCCGAUGGCACACCGCUACAUCUUCGAGAUGAUCGACAGAUCCCUCCGGGAUCUCAUGAAUAGUAGUGUGCCAUUCGGGAAUAAGAUCUUCAUCUGCUCCGGGGACUUCCGUCAGAUUGCGCCCGUCGUUGAGAAGGCUCGCACACACCAGCUGAUGUCGCGCCGCGAGAGAGAGUCUCUCAUUCCCCUCACUGGGGUGAGAUGCCUCACUUCUCUCGCGGACUUAAUAACGGAUGUGUUUCCUCCUGGUGUUCUGCGAGAUCCUGAUCUUUGUGCGAGACGGGCAAUACUCUCAACUCUGAAUGUGAACGUCAAGGAGAUCAACGGUCGCAUCCUAGACCUCAUGGACGGGCGCAUUCAUGAGUUGAGAAGCGCGGACACCGUGGACAGAGAAGACGACGACGGGCUGGAUGUGGACGUAAAAUCUCCUCAACCAGGCCACUGGUUCGCGUUUGCCGAAGGAUCGCCGCUCCGGGUUUGUCGCCGUCAGUUCCCCCUCAUGUUGGCGUACUGCAUGACUGGUCACAAGAGCCAAGGCCAGACAAUUGAGUACGUCGGAGUCGACCUGAGAACGGACUGCUUCACUCAUGGCCAGCUCUACGUCCUGUUGAGCAGAGUGAGACGUCCAGACGACAUCGUCGUUCUUGUACCAGACGACAGAAUAGUAGAAGGAGUCGCCUAUGCAAAGAAUAUUGUAUAUGACGAGCUCCUUCUAAACACUGAUUAA